AUAUAUUCGGUAAAAAAGGUCGAAUAGAGUAUGAAAGUUCGAAUAGUGUUUGAUUUCCGAUGUUUCCAUAUACCAAAACAAAAACUGCAAGGAGACACAAUUGCAUCUUGUCCACAGCUCAUUACACGCAACCAUGGUAUCUUUUCGUACCGCUGUUCGAUUGGUGAUAUUUUCUGGGGUAUUGGUAUCUACAGAAGUAUUCGCCCUUUCGUCAAUUUCAUCUAAACGACCCGCUAGUUCGUUUCCUGACAUCAACAGUGCUGUUCAAGAAUUCUUCAAGGUUGUUAAAUCUACUCGAGAAGCAAAAGUAUUUGAAGCUCCUGUGAGACAGGAUGGAAUCAAACUAUACAUAGCUUCAGACGGAGAUUUCGAUCAUGAACGACCUGGAAAUGGAGGUAUCAGACUCUUGGAUUAUAAGACCGAUGAGCACGCAAUUGACGAUGCAGUAAGUUGCUGAAAAUUUCGAUCAAACGAAACUUCACGGAAACUCACACAGAUUGUUUAUUGCUCAAAAACAACAACGUCCCAAUAGAUUCGUCUCGCCGAAGGUAUGACCCGAAAACACGACAUGUUCCGGACGGGAUUUUCUGGAGCAAAAUUAGUCGCGAAUACCGAUAUUCCAAUAGACAGCAUCAACCGAAAAAAAUUGAUGGAAGACAUCGCCAAGGCCUUGGAAGGUAAGACGGCAGUUGAAUUUCCAACUAUUUUUUUUUGGGAGACAACGGGAUUGUGAAAUAUUUUCCUUUUCUAAAAUGUUUUUCAAUUCUUAAUCCAUUGUAUUCAUUUAGUGCUUGCGGGAUCUGUUUAUACGGGUUGCGACCUAAACACCUGCGAUAUUGACAUGGACUAUCUCACAGAAGCAACAAACGAGCAAUACGUUUUGGCUGGUCGUGAUUCUGCCGUGGACACGAACGUCGCCACCGCGGCAAGUGUCAUUGGUAGUAUUUUGGGGUUGAUCGAAUCCCACGAAGAGGACGGUAUUGCGAUCUCAGAUUUGACGUUUACUGUUCAGGGAUGUGGCAAGGUCGGGUCCACUGUUGCUAAAGAAUUAGUUCGUCUUGGCGCAAAGAAAGUACAAACUUGCGACAUCCGUGAGUCGUCAGCGCAAAUAGAGGGUUGUACUCCCAUCAAGGAUUGGGCUUCCACUUCAACAGAUUUCUUGGUGCCUUGUGCUAAUUCACUUGCUAUUACUGAAGAGGUAGCAAAAAAUUUUCCAGAAGGGAUCAAAUUUUGCACUGGAGCCACGAAUAGCCCCUUUGCGGAAAACGCGAAAGCUAUUUUUGCGGAACGAGGUGUUUUUCACGUGCCAGAAAGCAUCAGUAGUGCUGGGGCUAUUUUGGCAGAUUCUGUUGAAUGGUUCGAUAUCGAUCUGUAUCAGACUGUAGAACCAACUCUCAUGUACGGAUGGAUCCGAGGUUUGAGCCAAAAGAAAGCAAAAAAUAUGGUUGAGCUGGCUGAAAAAGUCUCCGAACGAAUGAUCGACGUGGUCUCAGAUGUGGUCCCAACGCGAAAGGGAGAUCCGAUCGGAAAAAGCUUUCCUGAAUGGAUAGAAAAUAAUACCAAAAGAACAGAGACUCUAAUUGUCGGCGGGGGCAUGGCUGGAUGUAGCACUGCGUUUGCACUAGGAGAAAAGAAUAUCAAGUCGAUUUUGGUCGAGAGAGGACCCACCUUGGCUCCUCCUUCUGCAAGCAGCAACGGAGAUUCACGAAUGUACCGCAAAAUGUAUUCCGACGAAUUUUUUAGCAAGAUGCAAGCGACUGCACUCGACCGAUGGAAGGACGUCGAAGAUAAAAGUGGCCAAACCUUGUUGCAAAAAAAUGGAUUGCUCUUCUACGGAGAAGAUACCGGCGAAACCGUUGAAGGUUCCGUCUUGGGUGCCAAGAAAACCAUGGAAAAUCUCAAUCUGGAUCACACCUUUUUUGAAACUGGAGAUUCAAUUGCCAAGGCAUAUCCGGCGUUGAAGGGAUCUGAGGGAAAGCCUUACAGUGGCGUUUACGAAGCUGAUGCUGGGCACAUCAAGGCAUCAAAGGCUUGCGAAGCCAUGGCUAAUAUUGCGAAUGAGGUAUGCGAUAUCCAUCUCGAUACCAAAAUAGUGUCGUUGGAUGUCCAGGAUGAAAAAGUUACUGCUACAACCGAGGACGGAUUGACCAUCAAGGCCGACAACGUCGUGCUUGCGGCCGGGCCUUGGACCAACAGCGUCUUAGAAUCGGCGGGUUUACCGAAACUAAAUAUCAAGGUGUGGGAAAUUCAAUGGGCCCACUACCGUGUAAAGAAAUCCGUUUCAGCCUCUAUCCCCCAGGCGUUCCAUUUUCGCAAGGGGCAGUGCAAAGAAGAUGGUGGGUUAUACUAUGUCUUCCCGAGCAGUGCCACGGAAUCCCUGAAGAAUCCUGACAAUGGGAAAGAGGACGAAUACACGUAUGUCAAGGUCGGCGUCGAUUUCCCAUCAGGUGGAGACUUAGAAGGCAUGGAUACUUUCGACUACGGUGGGUCCGAAAAGGUUCUAGAGCUAAUGGACGGAUGGGUUGCCGAGCACCUCCCCGAAGUUGAGGAACGGGUUGAAUCAUACACUUCCCCCUACACCAUGACAGAUGACUCGUAUUUUGUCAUGGACAAGGUUGCUGACCAAGUUGCCGUCUUUUCGGGCGGAAGUGGGCGGGCCUUCAAGUUUGGGCCUCUGAUAGGAGACUGUAUGGCUGCCCUGGUAACUGGUGAGCAACCGCCUGUUGCUUUGGAACGCUUUUCGGCUUUUCGAGAGAGCGUUGCCACAAGCAAAAUAUCACCAGCAAAUGAUUCCGCACUUGUUCCCUUUGCAUAGAUCAGCAUGAAGGACCAAGUGUGGCGUGUGAGAUUCAUUGAGAGGGAAUCAGUAUGGUGGGGAAUGUAUCACCGUCUAAAGAUGGCGAUUUUGAAUGAUUCCUUCGUUCAUCUAUUAUCCUAAACAAAACGUCCAUUGAAAAUAAGUAUGAUCAGCAGGAAUUAAGUAAAUACAGAUAAUAGCU